CAGUCUCGCUGACAGUGCGGCGGCGCUGCGGACAUCCAGUCACCUGCCGGCAGCAAGCAGAAGGUCACUGGGCAUGGCACACCUCAGCUACUGGCUGCUGGUCCUCUUUGUGGCCGCAUGGAGUGACGUGGGCCUCUGCAAGAAGCGGCCAAAACCCGGAGGAGGAUGGAACACCGGGGGGAGCCGAUACCCGGGUCAGGGCAGCCCGGGAGGCAACCGCUACCCACCCCAGAGUGGCGGAUGGGGUCAGCCUCAUGGCGGUGGCUGGGGUCAGCCCCACGGUGGUGGCUGGGGUCAGCCUCAUGGUGGUGGCUGGGGUCAGCCCCAUGGUGGCGGCUGGGGUCAAGGAGGUACCCACAAUCAGUGGGGUAAGCCCAGUAAGCCAAAAACCAACAUGAAACAUGUGGCAGGUGCCGCGGCGGCUGGGGCGGUGGUCGGGGGUCUGGGCGGCUACAUGCUGGGGAGCGCCAUGAGCAGACCCAUCAUACACUUCGGCAACGAGUAUGAGGACCGUUACUAUCGGGAUAACAUGUACCGUUACCCCAACCAAGUGUAUUACAAGCCCGUGGACCAGUACAGCAACCAGAACAACUUUGUGCACGACUGCGUCAACAUCACAAUCAAGCAGCACACGGUGACCACCACCACCAAAGGAGAGAACUUCACCGAGACCGACAUCAAGAUGAUGGAGCGUGUGGUGGAGCAGAUGUGCGUCACCCAGUACCAGCAGGAGUACCAGGCCUCCUACCAGAGGGCGGCCAGUGUGGUGGUCUUCUCCUCACCGCCCGUGAUCCUGCUCAUCUCCUUCCUCAUUUUCCUGAUAGUGGGAUGAGCAAGGGCUUUUCCUUGCUUCUGCUGCUGUCUGCAUCUUCGUCCGUGUGGGGGGUGGGGAGGGGUGUCCACCUGCAGCCCCAUGAGUGGUGGAGUCUCAUUCUUGCUUCUCUCUCUCUCUCUCUCUCUCUUUCUAUUUUUCCCACCCCCUCUCACCCAUGGACUGAGAACCCUGGGCACUGGCAGACACUGGGAGACGUUGCAUUGACCUGGAUGCAGCUUACUCAAGGGCUCUCCUCCCCUCCGACUGAGUCCCUCACAGAUGACCAGUGCUACUGCUGGGCCAGCCAGAGUUGAAGUCAGACCACACGUUAUUGUUAGGGAACCUAGGCUCACUUCUGGCCCAGCACAGCAGGUCAAGGGCAAACAGCUCUCAAAAGCCAUCCUUGACAACCCCUGUCUGGCUCAGCAUUUCCCUGGGUCCCUCCGCAGCCCCAGCUCAGGGCACGGCUGCCACUCCACCAAAAAAAAAGUUUCCACCAAUUUUUUUUUUUAAUGAAAUCGGAGAUCACUUCUGCCAUGUUUGGAAAGAGGCUACAUGAUACUCAAAUUAGCUCCUCGGAAGCACAUGCUAUGUGCCUACAGAGAGCUGGCCGGUGUACUGCCUCCUGUGGCCUGGCAGCCAGGGCACAGGGCAUCAGCACUGGUGCAAGGCCCCACCUCUGGCCAAAGCACCCACCCAUAGGGAGUGAGCACCCCUGUGUCCCACAUGACAGGCUUCAACCUGGAAAUCGUGCCCCGGGAGCCAGCCUCCCAUCCAUUAGUAACAAGCUGUAGAUAUAAUGAAGGUAGGGGAGAAAAGACACAAAAGUCUUUGUCGAUUUAACUGGAAAGCAGAGCGGUUUAAACAGAUGGUGGAAGCCGAAGAGGGCAGUGGCAGCUGGCGGAAGCCCUGUUGGUAUGGAGAGCUGUGUCGUGAAUACAGCGAUGAAUGUGCAGGAGAGGAGGUGCCUGUGUCAGCUGCCAUCUCGUUCCUGCCCACAUCCAGAUAGUUGGUCAAGCGCUCCGUCUCUGAAAUUGGCUUUCAAAUCAGGGAAUAGGGAGACAAUCUUAAAAAAAAAAAAUCUGAGAAGAAAGUCGAGCUGAUGGAGCUGAUCCACACCAAGUGGAAAAAGAAAUUCUAGAAUUAUUACUUAAGCCAGGAAACAUUGUUCCUUGAAUUAUUGGAUGUCAGCACCUAACAGAUGUGUUUUACCAUUCUACCACGCUACUGGCCUGCACCGGGUAGCUAGUGUGUAAGAAACAAACCAAGUAGACUGUACAUGACAAACUUAGAGAUUCCACUUAGAGCCACUCACACCUGGCCUAACGCGUUAACUUGUGUAAGGUGUUAAACAAUGUGCGAGAAAGCCUUCGCAUGGACCCCCUACCCACCCAGCUUUCAACGUGCACUGAAUAGUUUUGUAUAAGAUUCCAAAGUGGAGACGCCAUGAACUGGUCUUUGAAAUACGCAUGUACUUUAUAUUUUCAAUAUUUGUGACUCUGCAUGUACUUGUUUUGCAUAUAAAAAAUUUCUAAGUGUUUACUAGCUGACCAAAAUUAAACAGGAGCUAAGGUAA